CUAAGCUCAGAGAGAGGAACUGGUCAUUGAAGGCGGUACAAAGUCGUCGUCAAAAGCUCAUACAUUACGCGUUUUAUCUUUUUUCCCAAUUCUGUGAUUGUUGGAAUCUGUAGAAAGGAACAGGGGAAAAAUAUCGUUCGGACGUUGGCCAAGUCCUGUUUCUGUGAGGGUCUCUGUAUAUGUGACUGUACAGGAUUCUGAGUGUGCGUGUGUCUCUGAGUGUUAUAUAAUGCAGCGACAGGACCCCGCAGCAGGUCUGUCAACCACAAGAGCUCGUGCACGUGCACGCGUGUUGUCAGGGGCUUCCAGUUGUUCGUCUCUCCUCCGCCCUCCGGUCACAGAAAGAGUAGGACGCCGCGUGCCACACACUGCAUGAGGAGCUCGAGCAGUUAAAAAUCAACACAGCAGCGAACGGCAAAACGUAUAGUUCUAAAAACCAGAAUCUAUUUCAGACAACAGCGCCCUGUUCAUCUCCCACGCGGAGCGUCAAGAUGCCGCCGCCGCCGCCGCUACUGCUGCUUCUCCUCGCCUCCUGGGUGGCCGCUCCCACCGCCUUCGUCAUCGAGAAGGACCAGCUAGUGACUGAGGAGACGCCGACAAACGUACUCAAUGACGCGGUGAAUCUACACCUGGACCAACAAAACAUCACCCUGACCACCGACGUGCAGAGCGCCGACUUUGACGCCGUGGUGGUCAUCACGGACACGCCGGACAAUCUGAUCGGCGAGAACCUUGUCCCCGUCAAGGAGGUCAUCCAGCGCUAUCUCGCCGCCGACAAGGUGUUCGGCACCUCGCCCGCAGUCACGCUCACCGACGUGGUCGCCUCGAAGCGGCUGGUCUACGCCAGUGUGGGCAGUCUGGAAGGGGACGAGAACGACGUGCGCACCUUUGCUGAGGCGGCCGCCCGAGGCGUGAGGCGCGCGUUACUCGCGGGGUCCAAGCGGCCGCUGCUGGUGUGCGCUCCCCCGCCGGGCGACAAGCGCUACACCUCGGCCUUCUUCGUGGCAGUGCUUGGAGUUCUGCAGGAACUCUACCAG